CACAGUGAGGGAGGGAGUGCCUGCUGCCAUCGUGGGAGCGGUUCUGCUCCUCCACAUCAGACUCCUUCAAUCCCUCCAAGCCGGAGGAGCGAGGAGGACCCUCUGCCCGUCUUUUUUUCCUCUCUGCGGACUCUGGGAUAAUUACCACCACGGCUGGGAAGAUGUUUUUUCUGCUGUCCAUGGUUACCCUUUAUACCCUGAGCGCGUUGAGCGGAGCCUCCGCCGCCACUCUCUAUAAUUGCAAUGGUCCCCUGGUGUCAGCACUGCCACAUUCCUCCUUCCAGAGCUCCUCUCAGUCCUCGGCCAGUUAUGCUGCUCACAACGCCAAGCUCAACAGAAGAGACGGAGCAGGAGGCUGGUCUCCCAUGGUGACCGACCAAGAGCCCUGGCUCCAGGUGGACCUCAGGGAGCAGAUGGAGGUGACGGCUGUGGCCACACAGGGGCGUCAUGACAGCUGGGACUGGGUCAGCAAUUACCUGCUGCUCUACAGCGACACGGGCCGGGCCUGGAAACAGUACCGGCACGAGGACGGAGUGGCGAGGUUUGUCGGGAAUGUGAAUUCAGAGGCCAUCGUCCAGAACAAGCUGUCCCACCCGGUGAGGACGCGCUUCCUGCGCUUCGUCCCUCUCGACUGGAACCCCAGCGGCUGGAUGGGCCUCAGAGUGGAGGUGUACGGCUGCUCCUACAAGUCAUACGUGGCAGACUUCGACGGCAGAAGCUCGCUGCUGUAUCGGUUCAACCAGAAGUCCAUGUCCACAGUGAAGGACGUCAUCUCGCUGCGCUUUAAGAGCCACCAGGCCGAAGGCGUUCUGCUGCACGGGGAGGGCCAGAGAGGAGAUUACAUCACCCUGGAGCUCCAUCGAGGAAGACUGGACCUUUACCUGAACCUAGACGAUAGCAGGCUGAGGUUCAGCAGCCGCCGCGUCGCUGUCACCGUGGGCAGUCUGCUGGACGACCAGCACUGGCACUCGGUUCACAUCGAGCGCUUCAACAGGCAGGUUAACCUCACGGUGGACUCCCACACACAGCAGUUCCAAACCAAAGGAGAAGGACACUCUCUGGAGGUGGACUACGAGCUGAGUUUCGGCGGCAUCCCUCUACCCGGUAAACCCGGCACGUUCCUGAGGAAGAACUUCCACGGCUGCAUGGAAAACCUCUACUACAACGGAAUCAACGUCAUAGACCUGGCAAAAAGACGCAAGCCGCAGAUACACAGCGUGGGCAACGUGACCUUCUCGUGUUCGCCGCCCCAGCUGGUGUCUUGCACCUUCCUGAGCUCCAGGAGCAGCUUCCUGUCGCUUCCUUCAGCAGCGCUGGCCGUGGGGGGUUUCUCUGUCCGCUUCCAGUUCAGGACGUGGAACCCAGAUGGGCUGCUGCUGUCUGUGCAGCUCAACCCGAGCCCCCAGAAACUGGAGCUCCAGAUCAGCAACAGCAUGCUGCAUCUGACCGUCCACAGCUCAGGCCGGCAGAAAUCUGAGGUCUUUGCUGGUCGCAGAGUCAACGAUGGGCUGUGGCACUCUGUGAGCCUCGACACCAGGGACCUGCAGAUCACGCUGGCCCUGGACGGUCAGCCUUCCUCCACGACCGAGCUGUGGGAAGAAGUGGAGCCGAGGAGCAACUUUUAUUUUGGAGGCUGCCCCACCGUCGACUGCCAGGGCCUGACUCCGGCCUUCCAGGGAUGCAUGCAGCUCAUAUUCAUCAACAGCCAGCCCAUGAAUCUCAGCCAUGUGCAGCAGGGAUUGCUGGGAAAUUAUAAUGAGCUUCAAUUUGACACGUGCAGCAUAAAAGACAGAUGCCUCCCCAGCCUGUGCGAACACGGGGCCCGCUGCUCCCAGACCUGGGCCUCCUUCUCCUGCGACUGCUCAGGGACCGGAUACUCCGGAGCGACUUGUCACAACUCCAUUUACGAGUCGUCCUGCGAGGCCUACAAGCUGAGUGGCAGCUCCUCCGGCUUCUACUUCAUUGAUCCAGAUGGGAGUGGUCCCCUGGGGCCCACACAGGUAUACUGCAACAUGACAGACAAGAAGGUGUGGACCGUGUUGUCCCACAACAUCUCUGCCCCGGUCACGGUGCAGAGCUCCUCCCUUCAGAAACCUCACAUCAUGAAGUUCAACUACAGCGCCUCGGCUGAACAGCUGCGCGCCGUCGUGUCCGGGUCGGAGCACUGCCAGCAGGAGGUGGUCUACAGCUGCAGGAAGUCCCGUAUCUUCAACACAAAAGAUGGCAGCCCCAUGUCCUGGUGGCUGGACAGGGAUGGAGAGAAGAGGAGCUACUGGGGAGGCUUCCUGCCCGCCAUGCAGCAGUGUUCCUGCAGCCUAGAGGAGAACUGCAUCGACAUGAACUACUUCUGCAACUGUGACGCUGAUGCAGACACGUGGGCUAAUGACACCGGCAUCCUGUCCUAUAAAGACCACCUACCAGUGAGCCAGAUAGUGAUUGGAGACACCAACAGAACGGGCUCGCAGGCUGUCUACCACGUCGGCCCGCUGCGUUGUUAUGGAGACAAGUCUGUGUGGAAUGCUGCCUCGUUCUACCAGGAGUCGUCGUACCUCUACUUCCCCACGCUGCAGGCGGAGCUCGCCUCGGAUAUCUCCUUCUACUUCAAGACCAGCGCGCCUUCAGGAGUGUUUCUCGAGAACCAGGGCCUCAAGGACUUCAUCAGAGUGGAGCUCAGCUCUCCCUCCGUGGUGACUUUCUCCUUUGAUGUGGGCAACGGUCCGGCGGUUCUGUCCGUGAAGUCCCACCUCCCUCUGAAUGACCGACAAUGGCACUACGUGAGGGCAGAGCGGAACGUGAAGGAGGCGUCCCUGCAGGUCGACCAGCUGCCCCUUCGCUUCCUGGAGGCUCCGGCUGACGGACACCUCCGCCUGAGGCUCAGCAGCCAGCUGUUCGUCGGGGGAACGGCGUCCCAGCAGAGGGGCUUCCUGGGCUGCCUCAGGUCUCUAGCGGUCAACGGUGUGAGCUUUGACCUGGAGGAGAGGGCCAGGAUGACGCCGGGGGUGAGCUCCGGCUGUCCCGGCUACUGCAGCGGCUCCAGCAGCCUCUGCCACAACAGAGGGAGGUGCAUCGAGAAAAGCAACGGCUACAUUUGUGACUGCUCGCAGUCCGCCUACGGAGGAACCACCUGCAACCAGGAGGUGUCGGUGUCCUUCGACAGAGAGUCCUCGGUGACCUACACCUUCCAGGAGCCCUUCUCAGUGAUGCAGAACCGAAGCUCCCAGGCUUCCAGCAUCUCCUCAGACAGCAGGGCCCGGGAGGACGUGGCCUUCAGCUUCGUCACCUCCCAGAGGCCGGCCAUGCUGCUGACCGUCAGCACCUUCAGCCAGCAGUACAUCUCUGUCAUCCUGGCCAGGAACGGGAGUCUGCAGAUCUGGUAUCACCUCCAGACAGACAGGAGGCCAGAUGUGUUCAGUCCGGUCCUCAGUAACCUGGCAGACGGACGUCUUCAUCGUAUCAGGAUCCACCGAGUCGGCAGAAACCUCUAUUUACAGAUCGACCAGGACAUCCACAGAAAGUACACGCUGUCAUCCGAUGCUGAGCUGAUCUUAAUCAGAUCCCUGACGUUGGGCAAAGUCACCAGCAUGGACAACUUUGACGAAGAAAUAAUGCAGGCAGCGUCUAAAGGCUUCGUCGGCUGCCUCUCGUCGGUGCAGUUCAACCACGUCGCUCCGCUGAAGGCGGCGCUGACGAACAGAGGGAGCUCACUAGUCACCAUCCGUGGCCCGCUGGUCCAGUCUAACUGUGGAGCUCUGGCCGAGUCCACCUCACACACACUGCAAGAUCAACCUGUAACAGCAAAUAAAGAUAAAGAGCAGCGUGACGACGGCGCCCAGAAGGAUUUGGCUGUAAUAGCAGGUGUGGUCACAGCGGUGGUCUUCAUCGCCGUGUGCGCUCUGGCUGUGAUCAGCCGCCUCCUCUACCAGCAGCGGCGGGCUCAGAGGAGCAGCAGCAGCAGCAUAAAAGAGGAGCACAGACACAGCGUGUACACAGACUACAGGACUGAGCUGCACCUCCACAACUCAGUCAGGGACAGCGUGAAGGAGUACUACAUCUGACUACAGUGUGCCGCCUGAGCCACAAACUUACCUCUCUCUCUCUCAUAAAGGACUGACAGGUGGACGUGCCGCUGCAGGACCCUCACAACAACACUUCUCUGUGCCCUGCGAGUCUCCCGGGGACACUGCAAAAGCCUGUAGCCCAUAAUCCUCUCUCUUUUCAACGCUCCUGUACAAGCAAGUGGCCGAAUCCUUGCAGCCGUUAGUGUAUGUGGUGUCGGUGAAGUUGUCAGAAUCGAGCCGCUGUGGUUUCUGUCAUUGCAAAAAAAGAAAAAAAAGAAAAAAAGAAAAAAAAAGUGUAAAGCAAAAGAUGAAUGUUCUGCCGGGGGGGCGGACGAGGGACGCCGUGAGCACAGUGAGCAGAAGCUGCUGUCCAUCCUGAAAGCGCACAACUCAGACGCUGAAUAUCGCCACACUUGGUGGGGCUGGGAAGUCAGGAGAUGUAGGCCGGGCCUGUAAGAUACGCGCACAUUCGCUGCUGUGUUUGUUUUUCCAGUGGUGGUGAAUGUUGUAGAAGAAAAGGGGACAAUACUGCCUAUACUGUAUGAGUGCCUAAUUUGCAUACGCGUUUUUAUUUUAACAUUUUAGAAGUUAACUCGUGUGAUGUACGCAGAGGCAGUCAAGUUUCCUGAGAGAGGAGCUUGUUGCUGUUCAGCUCUGAACCCAGCAGAGAACAAAAGACGGAUGGACUUUCUCAGCCAUGCACGGCCCUCGACCGGGUGACGGGUGAGCCUCGGUGACGGGUGAGCCUUGGUGACGGGUGAGCCUUGGUGAGCCUUGGUGACGGGUGAGCCUUGGUGACGGGCGACUGACGGUGUCGCCUGUUAUUUUUCACUACACUGUCUGAAGCAGCACUGGAAAUUGGAAAAAGUCCAUUAAAUGUAGAAAGAUGGAACUCCUUGUUAGGUGGAUGUUUAGCAGAGUCCUCAUUUAUCAAACCGUUCACAGAAGUGGUUUUAAAUUUUUAAGAACAUGCAGCGUGCACUGGGGAAAUGGUAUUUAUCACGCAGGGCAAUGACGAGCCCACAUGCAGCAGCUGGCUCUAAUCUUUAAAGAAGCACACGCCUCAAAAUCAACCACAUAUGCUAACCUGCUUCCCUGUGAAAGGCUUUUUACCAACACAGAUCCUUCCGUCCGUCUCUGUUUUCUUUUCCACCUCGUCUCCUCGCUGCUGCAAAUCGUUCUCAGCUCAACAUGUUGAAGGACGUCUCCCUUACUAAAAUGCAUGGUGUAGGAGCUGGGAGUGAGGAUGCACGUCUGUGUCCUGUGACAAAAGCGUGUUCGUCUGAUGCAUAGAAGAAGAACAGGAGCCUGUUGUAAGAAGGGUGAGGAAAGGAGGGCAAGAAAUUAAAAAAGAAAAAGGAAAGAAAAAGACAGAGGUUCUGAUAUUACAGGAGGAUUUUCACGAAAAAAGACACAGAUGACUAAAGAAGUCAGCACAGACUGCAGAAGUAAUAAAGGAGACGGUGGCGGAGGACAGUAGCUGGUGGGGGAUCAUGAGGGCGGAGGAGGCUGCACCAUCACUACUACAACAUUAUUUUAUCGUCAGAAUAUUUAUUUUUUUUUGAGGGGGUUCACUGAGCUGAAAAGCAGAAGAUUUCAUUCACCCUGCAGCAGAGGAGACACCCGUGUGCCCUGGGAUGGACUGAGCUUCUGUUUGGCCUCUAAAUGGACUGAUCUGAACAUUCAGCCGUGCUCUGCUUUAUUCCCAACAUUCACCGAGCCUGAACAUCUCUAACCUGAGCUCCUGUCCGUACAUGAUUCCUGCGUACGGUACAUGUGGUCAGGAUCACUUCUAAAUGUACACACAAGAAAAACAUCCCAGUCUGGGUGUGUGCGUGUGUGUGUGUGCGUGUGUAUGUGUGUGUGAAUGGCUGAUAAAUGAGGCCACGGCUCCAUAAGUCUCAGCUAGUUUGCAAGUUUUUUUUUUUUUUGUCUGCAAGAAAGGAUUGCAGUACAUAAAAAUCAUAUUGCAUCAUGAGAGCAGCAGAAAUACAAAGUUAAAGGAGAGGAUUGUAAUAAAACUGCAGGCAGCCAGGAACAGAAACUACAGGCCGCUUCACCACCUCGACAAGCUUCUUUCAAACAGGAAGCGUCGGCUUCUGCAAAAUCACAGCAGCUUUGACGUUAAGUGAGUUCGGUACAACUGCAGGAAAAGCUCUGAUCUGAUCCGGGUGAGCACCAGACUCGAAGCUGAAUCGUUUUAGAGCUUACAGCUUUUUGCAACCAAGAAAGAGGCGCUGACGAAGUUUCUUUAUUACUGGAACUACAGGGAGUCAAGUGAUGUUUUCUAUGUAUUCAAAGCAGAACACUUUUUCUAUAUAUCUUAUACUGGUAGAGCCUGAGAAAAAGAAAAGAAACAAAAAAAUAAUCCAUAGUCCUGCAAGCCUGUGAUACACAAGCCACAGUAGCAAACUGAAUUAAAGCAUGGAUGAAAAACAGACACUACUUUGCUUUUUUUUUUUUUUUUUAGAUCGUUGCUUCUAGUUUGACCUGAAGGUGAUGCCAGAGGAAAAAAUCCUGUUACCUAAAUAAAAUAAAUCAGCUCAACGUUAUCAAACGGAGCUCAUUAUCCGCCGGCGUCAGCUGCUCUUUGGCAGCAGGAUAAUGGUCCACGUCAACAUCAGUUAUGCUUUCAACUUAACAGGCUAAACGUGAGGGUUAAUCCCAGAGAACAGCCAUCCCCGGCUGACAGGAAUGUGCUUAUAAUUUUUAGCAUCUUGUCAUGAACUAAAGUGUUGGAGUCACUAUAAUUCAUCCUCAACGUCCGUAGGAAAAAGAACAAAAAAACAAGGAAAGCAGGAAGCAAUCCAGUAAGCGAUAUUUCACUGCGGUUUUUGAGGGGUUGCGCUGAAGGACUGAUGGAUGGGAACACUUGAGCUCCACCGCUGCUGUGGCUGAACAUUAUGUGACUCAAAUGGCAAGAAGAGAUGAGGAGCCCUCUCUGUGCAUGUCCUCCAGAUAUGAAUACAUACAGUACCUCUCAGAGUGUUUAGGGUCCGUUGCAAUGGCUAAUAUCACGUGGUCACUUCUUAAUGAUUUGUAUAGCUGCAGUUUUAUUAAGGUUCUAUUGUAUAGAUGUAUAAUUUAAUAAUAAAAGUGAAUAUAUUGUUAAA